AUGUACUCUCACCACAUUCUCUCUCUCUCUCUCGCGGACUAUCACACGCAUUCUCCCUCUCGCGCUCUCACGCGCACUCAUACGUGCUCCCUCAGGCGCUCUCUCAUGCUCACUCUCACGCACACUUUCACGCACUCUCUCCGGUGCUCUCUCACGCGCUCUCUCAUGCGCUAUCAUGCGCCCUCUCGCGCUCUCUCACGCACUCUCUCACGCGCUCUCUCAAGGCACACUCUCAGGCACACUCUCACGCACUCUCUCUCGCGCCCUCUCUCGCGCAUUCUCGCCACGUUCUCUCUCUCACGCGCACUCUCACGCGCUCUCUCACGCUCACUCUCACGCGCUCUAUCAAGGCGCACUCUUAGGGGCACUCUCAGGCGCUCUCUUUCGCGCUCUCUUUCGCGCUCUUUUUCCCGCACGCUCACGCGCAUUCUCUCUCUUACGUCCUUCUCUCGCGCACUCUCACGCACAUUCUCUCUCAAUCGCUCUCUCACGCGCAUUCUCUCUCUUACGUCCUUUCUCUCGCACACUCUCACGCACAUUCUCUCUCUCAAACGCUCUCUCACGCGCACCCUCACACGCUCCCUCACACGCUCUCUCACGCGCUCUCACACGCGCUCUCUCACGCGCUCUCACACGCGUUCUCUCACCCGCUCUCUCAUGCGCACUCUCACGCGCUCUCUCACGCUCCCUCACGCGCUCCCUCGCGCACUCUCAGGCACACUCUCACGCACUCCCUCUCGCGCUCCCUCUCGCGCACUCUCACCACAUUCUCUCUCUCGCGGACUAUCACACGCAUUCUCUCACUCGCGCUCUCACGCGCACUCACACACGCUCCCUCAGGCGCUCUCUCAUGCUCACUCUCACGCGCACUUUCACGCACUCUCUCAUGUGCUCUCUCACGUGCUCUCACGCACGUGCUCACUUGCGCUCUCUUGCACUCUCUCACGCGCUCUCUCACGCGCUCUCUCACGCGCUCUCUCACGCGCUCUCUCACGCGCUCUCUCAUGCGCUCUCUCACGGGCUCUCUCACGCGCUCCAUCAAGGCGCACUCUUAGGGGCACUCUCAUGCGCUCUCUUUCGCGCUCUUUUUCCCGCACGCUCACGCGCAUUCUCUCUCUUACGUCCUUUCUCUCGCGCACUCUCACGCACAUUCUCUCUCUCAAACGCUCUCUCAUGCGCACCCUCACACGCUCCCUCACACGCUCUCUCACGCGCUCUCACACGUGCUCUCUCACCCGCUCUCUCAUGCGCACUCUCACGCGCUCUCUCACGCUCCCUCACGCGCUCCCUCGCGCACUCUCAGGCACACUCUCACGCACUCCCUCUCGCGCUCUCUCUCGCGCACUCUCACCACAUUCUCUCUCUCGCGGACUAUCACACGCAUUCUCUCUCUCGCCCUCUCACGCGCACUCACACGCGCUCCCUCACGUGCUCUCUCAUGCUCACUCUCACGCGCACUUUCACGCACUCUCGCAUGUGCUCUCUCACGCGCUCUCACGCACGUGCUCUCUUGCGCUCUCAUGCGCUCUCUCACGCGCUCUCACGCACGUGCUCUCUUGCGCUCUCAUGCGCUCUCAUGCGCUCUCUCACGCGCUCUCUCACGCGCUCUCUCACGCGCUCUCUCACGCGCUCUCUCACGCGCUCUCUCAUGCGCUCUCUCACGCGCUCUCUCACGCGCUCUAUCAAGGCGCACUCUUAGGGGCACUCUCAGGCGCUCUCUUUCGCGCUCUUUUUCCCGCACGCACACGCGCAUUCUCUCUCUUACGUCCUUUCUCUCGCGCACUCUCACGCACAUUCUCUCUCUCAAACGCUCUCUCACGUGCAUUCUCUCUCUUACGUCCUUUCUCUCGCGCACUCUCACGCACAUUCUCUCUCUCAAACGCUCACGCGCACCCUCACACGCUCCCUCACACACUCUCCCACGCGCUCUCACACGCGCUCUCUCACGCGCUCUCACACGCGUUCUCUCACCCGCUCUCUCAUGCGCACUCUCAUGCGCUCUCUCACGCUCCCUCACGCGCUCCCUCGCGCACUCUCAGGCACACUCUCACGCACUCCCUCUUGCGCUCUCUCUCGCGCACUCUCACCACAUUCUCUCUCUCUCUCGCGGACUAUCACACGCAUUCUCUCUCUCGCGCUCUCACGCGCACUCACAUGCGCUCCCUCACGCGCUCUCUCAUGCUCACUCUCACGCGCACUUUCACGCACUCUCUCAUGUGCUCUCUCAUGCGCUCUCUCACGCGCUCUCAUGCGCCCUCUCGUGCUCUCUCACGCACUAUCUCACGCGCUCUCUCAAGGCGCACUCUCAGGCACACUCUCACGCACUCUCUCUCUCGCAUUCUCACCGCGUUCUCUCUCUCACGCGCUCCCUCACGCGCUCCCUCACACGCUCUCUCACGCGCUCUCUCACGCGCUCUCUCACGCGCUCUCUCACGCGCUCUCUCACGCACUCUCUCACGCACUCUCUCAUGUGCUCUCUCACGCGCUCUCAUGCACGCGCUCUCUUGCGCUCUCUCACGCGCUCUCUUGCGCUCGCUCACGCGUUCUCUCACGCGCUCUCUCACGCGCUCUCUCACGCGCUCUCUCACGGGCUCUCUCACGCGCUCUCUCACGCGCUCUCUCACGCGCACCCUCACGCGCUCUCUCAUGCGCUCCCUCACGCGCUCUCUCACACGCUCUCUCACGCGCUCUCUCACGCGCUCUCUCACACGCUCUCAUACGGCGGAGAGGGAAGGAGAGGCGACGGCGGGGAGUGGGGAGAGGCGACCGCGGGGAGGAGCGAGAGGCGACGGCGGGGAGGAGGGAGAGGCGACCGUGGGGAGGAGGGAAAGGCGACGGCGGGGAGGAGGAGAGGCGACGGCGGGGAAGGAGGAGAUGCGACGGCGGGGAGGGGGAGAGGCGACGGCGGGGAGGAGGAGAGGCGACGGCGGGGAGGAGGGAGGCGACGGCGGGGAGGAGGCAGAGGCGACGGCGGGGGGAGAUGCGAUGGUGGGGAGGAGGAUAGGCGACGGCGAGGAGGAGGGAGGCGACGGCGAGGAGGAGGGAGGCGACGGCGGGGAGGUAAGGGAGCGGAGAUGGCGGGGUGGAUGGGACGGAGUGAUUGUGAGGUGGGUUGGAGAGGUGUCAGCGGGUCGAAAUCUACCCUCUGUUGCCGGCAUCAUCACACCGGGAUCUGAUGGCUUUCACAAGCUCUUUUUCGGUCAAGAGGAGAUCGCGCUUCCGGUCCACCCCAGCAUCACGGCGGCCUGCAAGGCGCAUCCAACGGCUGACGUCUUCGUCAACUUCGCCUCGUUCCGAAGUGCGUUCGAGUCAUCGUUCGAGGCGUUGAAGCAGCCCACCAUCCGAGUGGUGGCCAUCAUCGCAGAGGGCGUGCCGGAGGCCGACACCAAGACGCUCAUCGCCUACGCGCGCGCCAACAACAAGGUGAUUAUUGGCCCGGCAACGGUGGGUGGCAUCCAGGCAGGAGCGUUCAAGAUUGGCGACACAGCGGGCACGCUGGACAACAUCAUCAGCUGCAGGCUCUACCGCCCUGGCUCCGUCGGCUUCGUCUCCAAGUCGGGAGGCAUGUCGAACGAGAUGUACAACGUGCUGGCGCGCACUACAGAUGGGCUCUACGAAGGUAUCGCCAUUGGCGGUGAUGGCUUCCCUGGCUCCACGCUCUCAGACCACGUCUUGAGAUUUAACAACAUUCCGCAGAUCCGAAUGAUAGUGGUGUUGGGCGAGCUGGGCGGGGCGGACGAGUACUCACUGGUGGAGGCGCUGAAGGAGGGGCGCGUGAACAAGCCCGUGGUGGCGUGGGUCAGUGGCACCUGCGCCACUCUCUUCAAGUCCGAAGUGCAGUUCGGCCACGCUGGCGCCAAGAGCGGAGGGGAGAGCGAGUCAGCACAGGCAAAGAACGCGGCACUGAAGGCAGCGGGCGCCAUCGUGCCGACGUCGUUUGAGGACCUGGAGACUGUCAUCCGCGCCACGUAUGAGAAGCUCGUGGCAGAGGGUGCCAUCCAGCCAGUGGCGGAGAAGCAGCCGCCCACAGUGCCGGAGGACCUCACAGCGGCCAUCAAGGCGGGCAAAGUGCGCGCCCCCACCCACAUCGUCUCCACCAUCUGUGACGACAGAGGCGAGGAGCCCACAUACGCAGGGGUGCCCAUCUCGACCAUAGUGGAGAAGGGCUUUGGGGUGGGCGACGUCAUGUGCCUGCUCUGGUUCAAGCGCUCCCUCCCCGCCUACUGCACCAAGUUCAUUGAGAUGUGUGUGGUGCUGUGUGCGGAUCACGGUCCAUGUGUGUCGGGCGCGCACAACUCCAUCGUAACCUCGCGAGCCGGCAAGGACCUCAUCUCCUGCCUCGUCUCUGGGCUGCUCACCAUCGGCCCGCGCUUUGGAGGCGCCAUUGAUGAUGCUGCGCGUUACUUCAAGGACGCUGUGGAGCGGGGGCUGAGUCCGUAUGACUUCGUGGAGGGAAUGAAGAGGAAGGGCAUCCGCGUGCCUGGCAUUGGCCAUCGUAUCAAGAGUCGUGACAACCGGGACAAACGUGUCGAGCUGCUCCAAGCCUACGCGCGUUCCUCCUUCCCUUCGGUGAAGCACAUGGACUACGCCGUGGCGGUGGAGACUUACACGCUCACCAAGGCGGCCAACCUGGUGCUCAACGUGGAUGGCUGCAUCGGCGCGCUCUUCCUGGACCUCCUCACGUCCUGUGCCAUGUUCACCAAGGAGGAGAUUGACGACAUCGUGGCCGUGGGGUAUUUGAACGGGCUCUUCGUGCUCUCCAGGAGCAUCGGGCUCAUCGGGCACACGUUUGACCAGAAGCGCCUCAAGCAGCCGCUGUACCGCCACCCGUGGGAGGAUGUGCUGUACACCAAGUGA